UUACAUCAAAUGUGACCGUUUUAUGUUUCAAGGAUCCGGUUUUCUCGCUUCCCCUUCACCUGCUUAAUGCUUAUCAUCAAUCUUUUUAAGAUUUCCUAGCCAACACCACACAAACAAGUAACAACACACUCUCUCUCUCUCUUUCUCUGAACCUUCUGGCUUGGCUACUUAAUAUGAUGUCAUUUUCACUCUGAUUUCAUCACUUUGACAAAGGCCCUUUCAAGAUCAUUUUCCUUGUUUUGAAACUUGAGCAAAGCCACAGGUUUGCCAAUUAUGGGUAAGGACUACUGGUAUUGGGGUAGUGGAAGUGGAAAAUCCUCCAAGAGAGGUGGAGGUGGAGCAACAACUCAAACACAAAUCCCUUCUGGUUGCAUGUGUGCAUUCUUUCAAGCCUUUGAUUUUCAUCCCUUUCACUUUUCCACAAAUCCCCAACAACAACAACAACCCUCUAACUCUGCCUCUGGGAUCCCAAAUCACCACAACACUGUCCCAAAAGGAGCUGAAGCUCCCAGGAACAGCUUGGAAUCAGAAGAUGGUACAGUCACAUCCAUCUCAAAAGAAGAAAAUUUCAAAAUCCCAAAAAUCAGAACAAGUGGAAGCACCAGAGGAAGUUUUAGUGAUUUCUCCUCAGAAAUCAGCAUCUCCUCCCCAGGGACCAAGACACCAACUUUGGUAGCAAGAUUAAUGGGACUUGAUCUUCUUCCUGAUUCACAUUCCUCAUCUUCCUCUUCUUCUUCAUGUCUUUCCACUCCAAAUCCCCAUUACCACCAGAACAGAACACGCCAACACAUUCAAAUAAUCAAACACAGAAACAGCACAGACAAUGUUUCCACCCGCUCCUUGCCUGAGACUCCUAGAAUGUCAUCUGCAAGAAGAUCAGAUGUUGUUGAGCAUAGACUAUCUCUCCAAAUCAACAAAGAGAACAUGGGGCUUGGUGAGGAUUUGGAGGGUCCUAGAUUUUCAUUCUCAAAAAGGAAAUAUGAUGAGAACAGUAGUAGAAGUCCAAGCCACUAUGCCAGGCAAAUAGUGAAACAGGUUAAGGAAAGUGUGAGCAGGAAAGUUGGGCUUGACAUCACCAACACUGUCAAAAACAGAGAACAAGGAAGAGAAGAUGUUGUUAACCAAUCCAAAUUCAAGAAACCUACCAAGAUAUCAGUGAAACCACUAGAUGAAACCAGUCCAGGAAAACACUCAAACCAAUCUUACUCCCCAAGACCAAGCAGAUUCAUGGAUACCAAGAACAAACCAACCACAAAACCAUCACCAAUUGCUCCAAAAGACCAAAACACAAAACCAUCACCAUCACCUCCACCUAUGGUCAACAUUGAAGCAGAGCUUUCAAGAGUUUUAACUAAGCCAAAGCCUCAAGCAUUGCCUCAGAAGGAGUUGAAUAACCCAAAAUCAGUCCAAAAGCACAAAAAACCCACCCAAAUCAGAAACAAGCCUCCACAGACAUCAAUCAGAAACAAGCAAGAAGAGUCAUUCAUUACCCGAUCUCCAUCAAACACCAGAGCCAAUGACAUCAAAACCAAAAGCAAGAGAACUCAUCCACUUUCAACCAAUCUUCUCAAUAACCUCAAUAGUACUGUCCCAAAUCUUCUCUCUGUCAAGUCAAACCCUUCUCCUCCAACAAUCAAAAUUCCUCAAAUACAGGUAAAAACUCAGACACAAGAAUCUGAUGACAUCCAAGAAGCAAAAAGCAGCACACAGUUAUUUAGUUCUUUGCGCCAGAGUACACUCUGCACCCGAGGAAGAACAAACGAUGAGGACAAAGCUAACGGUGUCUACACGGCAACCGGAGCUGGCGAUGAAGGACCUGAGUAUCAGUACAUCACAACCCUUCUCAGCCGUACAGGGGUACACAAAGCCACGUCACUACCCCACCACCAUUUUCAAUGGUUCUCUUCAACACACCCAUUGGACCCUUUACUUUUCCACCGUCUUGAACAACACUACCCAUUAUCCAACUCCUUCGCUUCUUCCAUUGAAAGCUAUAGAGAUUGCAAGUUUAGGCAGAAAAACCAUCUGGGUCCACGUUGCAACCGGAGGUUAAUGUUUGAUUUGGUGGAUGAGUUGCUUUCAGAGAUUCUGGUGAGGCCAAAGGGGAAGGGACAGGGUAAGAGUCACCGUGGGUUGUUGUUGGAGACGGUGUGGAAGAGGGUUCGGAGCUUCCCACGUGCGAAAUGCGAGGUUCUGGAGGAUAUUGAUGGGUUGAUAGAGUUGGAGGACGUGCAGGAGAAGAUGAAGGAAGAAGGAGAAGAAGGGUUGGUGAAGGAGAUUGAAGGGAAGAUAUUGGAGAUGUUGGUGCAUGAAACGUUAAACGUUAUGGUUGGUGGUGGUAGUGGUGGUGGUCGUGGUGGUGGGAAGGGGGAGACAUGAAGCAGAGUGUCACAUGGGAGAGGAGGGGUUCACGUGAUGAGAUGCUUCAUGGUGGCAAGGUCAUGGAUCCUUCUUCCAUGGAGGAUGUGGUGGGUGGGUCAUACGUGUCUACUUUUCAUGAAACUCAAGACUUUUAUUUGCAGAGGAAUCCAUGCACUACAACCUUUGCCUCUCUCUUUUUUCUAGUGUAUCUUUUUGUAAAAUUUCUUUUUGUUGUUUAUAUAUUUAGUUUAUAGUUUGAGGAAAUUUAACAAAGUUAAUGAAAUCCAUUUCUAGUUUUUUCAGUCUAUAA